GCCUAGUUGACCUUUAUGAUAGUUAGUGGAUGGUCACAUUCUGAAGUUCCACUUCAACAGAUUACCAGCCGGCCCAGAAACUGCCAGGGCACUUCUAGGACAAUUUCUCAACAACCUAGUACAUUACAAAUACUAGAAAAGGGAAGUCAAUGGUACUCUCCUGGAGAAACAGCAUUAUAAAAGAGGGUGUCCUGUUGUGUAGGAAAGUAAGCAAAGGCAGUAGUAGGUCAGGUUACCUGGCUGAAAUCAACAGACGUAGCAACCACGUCCAGUUCACCUUGCAAGUAUCUAGCAGGUGAGCACCACUUUGACCUUCAUCUUUUUUGUUCUGCAAAUCUCUCUGCAAUUUCUGCCCAGUGUUCUUCAACUGACCAUAACCAUGAUACGUUCUCUUGUUAUGCUUGUUUUUUUGCUUAAGCAGAGAGGAGAAUACUAACCCAUUAUGGCGGCAAGUUGGUCAGGGACAGGAAGUGAUCACGGAUAUGAUCAAGUCGAGGAGAGAUCUUACGAGUACGACCCGAUUAACAUAGACUCCCUGCGGGAGACAGCUGCUGCUUUGGCAAAGAGAGCAACCGGAUGGACAAUGUUUCGUGUUCCCCAGUUGAUGUUCAAAGUUAACCCACUUGCAUACACUCCUCAGUUUGUUUCCAUAGGGCCUUUCCACCGCCACAGAGAGCCGUCUUUCAUGCAUAGAAAUGCUGAUUUGCAAGCCAUGGAGGGCCACAAGCAAGUGUUCAUGCUCCGCCUUCUGGAAAGGACAAGGGCUCCCAACACCACCUUUCAGGAGUGCAAAAAUGCGGUGGAUCAAGUCAUUGAAGUGCUAGUUGACGAUCACUACACAGAGAUGGAUAUAUCUAGCGAGCUGCUCUCCAGUAUUAUCCUUGUCGAUGCCUGUUUUCUACUCGAGGUCUUCCUCAAACACAGUGGCAUCACUAACAAUCGUAUGAACUGCAGCGUCGAUGAGGUUAUGCUGGAUAUCGAGUACAGGAAUAUUUUUGCAUCAUCAGGCCUUCGGCGUGACCUGGCGCUGCUCGAAAAUCAAAUCCCUUUCUUCGUGCUUGAACGCCUGUUCAUAGUCAUCCGUCAUAACAUAGCAAUGCCAACCAAUAUAGAAGGUUUCUCUCUCCCUGAAAUUGCAUUCGCCCUCUUCAAAAGUGACUUCAAUUGUCACCAAGAGUUCUUCAGAAGAGGAACUGCAAAUGAGCAUCCACAUUAUAGGCAUCUGCUUGAUCUCAUAUCCAACUACGCUCAUCCUACUUCACGUCACCCUGAUCUCCCUCCUCAUCCUCCUAUGUUCCAACUAUCACCCAUAGUGCACAUGCGUAAUGCUAAGAAACUGAGUGAAGCAGGAAUACGUUUUGAGAAGGCAGGGAAGAGCAUGUUGCUGGAUAUGGAAUUCUGCAAUGGAGUCUUCCGCAUCCCACCUUUGGUGAUCAACGAGUGCACUGAAUCACUGUUGAGCAAUCUCAUGGCUUUUGAGCAUAGCUCCUGUAAUCCCGAAGAUGCAGCCAACUCACAUGAGUACUUUGCAUCGUACCUGUUCCUGAUGGAGCGCCUCGUCAGCCACAAAGAAGACCUUGAUAUAAUGGAAAGCAAAGGAAUCAUAAUCAAUCAGAUGGGUGGUAGGGAGGAUGCCUAUAAGAUCUUCUACAACAUAAGCCAGAACUUUGUAUUGAAGAAUUUCUAUUUCGCUGAGUUAUGCAGCAGAAUUGAAGCCCAAUGCGAGUCUCGUAAGCAUCGAUACUUGCUGGAGUUGAGAAAGAAACACCUCAAGAAUCCAUGGACGACCUUAUCAGUGGUUGGCGGUACUAUACUCCUCAUCUUCACUGCCAUCCAGACUAUCUACACCGUUCUCAGUUACUCGCAGCGCUAGCUACUAACCAUACUGAAACAUGCUUU